AUGCGUCUCUUGUCAGCCCUUUUCCUCUAUGGGGCCUUGAUUCCCUCCAUCGCCGCCAUUCCCGCAGGCUCCAGUAUCGUGCCGUCGCCCCAACCCCAACCUGCCCAGCUCCUUACUCAUGUUUCCGAACCACGCCCCUGGACCCGACUCCGAGAUUGGGUCAUUGAAUCCGUCUGGGGAACUGGUCGCUGUUCCUCUCACAAGCACAUAGGUCCUCCACUCAAUGUACGAGAACGCUAUGAGACCGAUGUCGUACUCCGCUUUCACUUGCGUCAUCCGGAAGAGGCAGAGGCCUUGGCCUCGGCAUCACAGGCCCUCGUCCUAGAUGUCUGGGCCAUCACGGCCACAUAUGUGGACAUCCGUUUGACAGAUGACAUGAUCCCCUCCUUGCUCGACUUGCUUCCUCCUUCGCUCCGCACGGCCCACACCCCCCUCAUGGACGAUCUAGUAGAUAUGAUCUACAGUACAUACCCGAGACAACAUCCCAAGAGCUGGAAGUCCGAACAUGGAUUUGCGCCCGGUCGAGUAUUCACGGUCGACGAUGUCUUCUUCCGCGAUUACCAGCCGCUAUCAGUUAUUGUCCAAUGGAUGAAACUAAUGGCUUCAAUGUUUUCAUCUCAUGUCAAAUUCACCAGUAUCGGAUUGUCGUAUGAGGACCGCGAAAUCCCAGCUCUGCGACUAGGCACCGGAGGUGCCAAUUCCCAAUCGACGGGGCCGCGAAAGACAAUCGUGAUUGUCGGUGGUCUGCAUGCUCGCGAGUGGAUUAGUACGUCGACUGUCACAUUCGUCGCAUACAGUCUGAUCACUCAGUACGGCGAGUCAAGCGCCGUCACACAUCUUUUGGAUGAGUACGACUGGGUGCUAGUGCCGACACUCAACCCAGAUGGCUACGUCUACUCAUGGGAGUCGGACCGUUUGUGGCGCAAGAACAGACAACCCACCGGUCUGCCAUUUUGCCCUGGAGUCGACCUCGACCGGGCGUGGGACUUUGAGUGGGAUGGAGAAUCCACCCGGUCAAACCCAUGCAACGAGAAUUAUGCCGGCUCACAGCCUUUCGAAGCCCUCGAGUCACACCGACUCGCCGAGUGGGCGAAGAACGAGACCUCCAGUGGCCGUGCGAAUAUCGUAGGGUUCUUGGAUCUUCACUCCUACUCACAACAGAUUCUCUAUCCUUAUUCCUACACCUGCUCCUCCGUGCCUCCGACCCUGGAAAGCCUCGAGGAACUGGCUAUGGGCCUGGCCAAGGCCAUUCGACACACGUCCGGAGAACCGUAUGACGUGACGUCCGCUUGUGAGGGAAUUUUCAGUUCAGGCUUAACUUCCGUGAUUACAUCGGGCGGCAGUGCCCUGGACUGGUUCUACCACCAGCUUCAUGCCAGGUACUCUUAUCAGAUUAAAUUGCGAGACCGUGGUAGCUACGGGUUCUUGCUUCCAUCCGAACACAUCGUUCCCACAGGUGAAGAGAUCUUCCACGCAGUGCUGGCAUUUGGGAAAUUUAUCUGGGACGAGACCAAGGUCUCUUCCAGCACCGAGUUUGAUCCCCUGGCCAGCGAUCAACAACAGCCACUGGUUUGA